AAAUUUGAAGUAAAGGAUUGACGAAAACGCUGCUAUCAGGUCGACGGUCUGCAGAGUGACAACACCGGGACCGUUCUGUGGAUUGUUUACUCCAGUGGUACUUGUUCUCCGACGGCUUGCUGUGAAAGAGGGACAUCAUGAGUUCAAUUGGUACCGGGUAUGACUUGUCAGCGUCACAGUUCUCGCCUGAUGGACGUGUGUUCCAGGUUGAAUAUGCCCAAAAAGCUGUGGAGAACAGUGGGACAGCCAUUGGCCUGAGAUGCAAAGAUGGUGUUGUGUUUGCUGUUGAGAAAAUCAUCACAUCAAAGCUGUAUGAACGAGGGGCCAACAAGCGAAUUUUUACCAUUGACACACACGCAGGCUUGGCUUCAGCUGGGCUGUUAGCAGAUGCUCGAGCUGUUGUUGAUGUGGGACGAGCAGAAGCAGCUAAUUAUCGAGCUGAGUAUGGAAGACCCAUCCCUUGUAAGUUCCUGGCAGAGCGAAUCAGUUCCUACCACCACGCCUACACCCUUUAUUCUGCUGUGAGGCCCUUCGGCUGCUCUGUCAUGAUUGGAGUUUAUGAUGAAGAUGGACCACAGAUGUACUUAAUUGAUCCCUCAGGAAUGUGCCAUGGAUACUGGGGAUGUGCAAUUGGUAAAGCUAAGCAGAAUGCAAAAACUGAAAUUGAGAAAUUGAAAUUGAAGGAUAUGACCUGCAAAGAACUUGUCAAAGAGGCUGCCAAAAUUAUUUACCUUGUCCAUGAUGAAGUAAAGGACAAGAUGUUUGAAAUGGAACUGUCUUGGGUGUGUGAGGAGUCUGGAGGCCGCCAUCAGUUUGUCCCUGAUGCCCUUUACAAGGAGGCGGAGCGGUAUGCUAAGGCUGCUCUUGAGGAGGACUCCUCUGAUGAGGAUGAGGAGAUGUAAAGUGGUGUACAAAUAAACUUUUUAAUAAGGUUCAUGGCUUCAACUGAACUGUGGCUACUUUUUAUUAUGUGUGUUGCCAUGCAUAGUAACAAAUCAUUGUGUGCUUCAGUGUUUCUUACAGUGUAACACUGUGCCUUUAGGAAGUGUUUGAUGUGCUUAAUAGAAUGUUUUUUUUGAGGCACUGAGUCAUGUGGUGACAUGUGAAAUUAGGAACUUUGAUUAUUCAAAAGAGAGAUGAAAAUGUUUGUUGCAUUUAAGAAUGUAAAACAGCUGAGAGAAAGGAAGACAUUAUAUCCAUCACGUGAAGCACAUGAUUUUUGUAUGGUGUAAUACAUCCAGGAAAUUAUUGUUACAAAAUAUUAAAGCUCCUUUUGAA